AUGAAAUCGUCGAAGGGCGAUUCGAAGUCGUGCGGAGUCUGCGGCGACAAGGCCCUGGGCUACAAUUUCAACGCGAUAACGUGCGAAAGCUGCAAGGCCUUCUUCCGCAGGAACGCGCUCAUCCAGAAAUCGUUCAAAUGCCCCUUCAGCAACCAGUGCGAGGUCACGACGAUAACGAGGCGGUUCUGCCAGAAAUGCAGGCUGGACAAGUGCUUCGCCAUCGGCAUGUGCAAGGAUCUGAUCAUGUCGGAGCAGGACAAGGUGGCGAAGCGCCAGAAAAUCGAAGAGAAUCGAGUGCGGAAGCAGUCGAUGAGCAAGUUCAAGUCGAGCUUUAAGAAGGUGAAGAGGGAGGCCGAUUUCGUCGAGCCCGAUUCCCAGUUGAAUUCGGAUUUGGAUAAUAGCAGUUCGCCCGCUGAGGCGGAGACCAACGAUAAGUACCACCAAGUCUCCUCCAGCGACGACGUAGCGACGUUUGCGUUGAAGAAUGUGCUGAAUUCCUCUGAUGUAAUAGACCGAAUGGAGAAAGAUAACAAUUUCAAUUGCGUGCUGCAGUCGAAUCCUGCUAAUACCAGCGGCCUGAAUCGAAGCAGCCUAAGCUGCACAACCGAUUCGAGAAGCUCCAGUAACGAUAACAAUCUGGAUAAUUCCAAUUCGAACUCUUUGAUAGAUAACAUUUCCAAUGUUAUGAACGAUGUACAGAGUGUCCAUUCGUACGAUCGUAGCCCCAUCGAAUCGAUCCUGUGCGAAGCCAUAAAAUUGGAGUUCCAGGCGUUCUCGUCGAUAAGCCAGAUACAGUCGAAUUCCAGGGAGUUGAACGAUGCGGAGAGGGCGAAAUUGAACGAGCUAAUAGUAGCGAACAAGGCCUUUCUCACACCCGUGGACGAGGAAUACGAGCAUUUAGUUGGGAUGUCCGGUUUCGAAAAUGCUCAGCAAAAAGUAGACGGCACCCCCGCUCUGGUGGAUGUUAUCAAUUUAACCACCAUAUACGUAAGGAGGUUGAUAAAGAUGGCUAAGAAAAUCGGAGCGUUUCGGAACAUGUGCCAGGAGGACCAAGUGGCCCUAUUGAAAGGCGGUUGUACCGAGAUAAUGUUGCUCAGAAGUACCAUGAAUUACGAUUCGAAGAAGCAAAUAUGGCAGAUACCCCAUUCCGUGGAGAACCUCCGGCUCAACGUGGACAUACUGAAACUGGCCAAAGGCAACAUCUACAUGGAUCACGAUAAGUUCAUCAAAACCUUUUGCCCUUUGUGGAAGGACGACGAGAAUAUCAUCCUGAUCCUCGGCAUGGUGCUGCUGUUUUGCCCCGAUAGGCCUAAAAUCGUCCACCAGGACGUGAUCAAAUUGGAACAGAACGCUUAUUAUUACCUCCUGCGUCGGUAUCUCGAAAGCAUCCAUCCGGGCUGCGAGGCCAAAUCGACCUUUUUGAAAUUAAUGCAGAAACUGAGCGAACUGCGAAAGCUAAACGAGGAACUGAUUAGCGUCUAUUUGAAUAUCAAUCCCUCGCACGUUGAACCGUUGUUGAUUGAAAUAUUCGAUUUGAACAAUACGAAAGUGUGA